CAGUUUUACUUUGCUAUACGUUGCACAGAAGCGACCUCAAUGGCUGUCGGGGUGGUGAUGCACAUGUCCGCGAGCUGAAUAACAUUCACUCCGGGACGGAUAGGGGGAAUUCGCUGGCAAAAUGUCUCGCCACAGAAAUGUUCGAGGAUACAACUAUGAUGAAGACUUUGAAGAUGAUGACAUGUUUGGACAGUCUGUGGAGGAUGACUACUGUAUUUCACCAGCAACAGCCAAUCAGUUCAUCUAUUCACGCCGGGAGCUGCAAGCACCGAAAGAGGAGACUUUGGAGGAGGAAGAAUAUGAAGAUGAGGAUGUUCCCAUGUCCCCUUGUGUUGAUCUCAACCUUGACCCUCUUGAUCAAGCGAAGCUGUACUCCUGUCUGGACCACAUGCGGGCAGUACUGGGAGACGCAGUGCCAGACUCCGUCCUGACCCAGGCUGCCUUGAAACACGGAUUUGACCCGCAGAAGGCGCUGGAUGCAGUGCUGUGUGACGACACUAAAACGGCCCCGGUCACCAGAAGUGGAACCGAAGACGUGCCGUUAGUUGACCGAGUCGUCCAGGAGAAGACGCCUCUUCCACAGAGAACCAAACAGGAGACUGUGGCUGAGAAAGCUAAAAGCAGAGAUGCGGCUCCCGAUAAACUGGACUCGGAGGUGGUUCCCAAAGUGGCCCGAAUGACCGUCUCUGGGAAGAAGCAGACUAUGGGCUUUGAUGUUCCCAGCUCGGGGGAAAAUGGCGUCAUCGCAUGCCCUGCACGGCGAGGCGACAGCCCUGAAAACACCAAGGCAACUCCGGCCUCUGAGGCCGCCUCCAAACGUCCUGAGACCCCAUCUAAAGGAUUAAACGCAGACGAGGGCUCCGCCGCUGCUACACCAGGACGCUCCGGAAAGGCACGGCAGGCGAUCAACAUCAAGGCAGAGCUGGAGAAGAGACAAGGCGGCAAACCUCUGUUAAAUUUAGUAGUUAUAGGUCAUGUGGAUGCAGGUAAGAGCACACUGAUGGGCCACUUGCUUUAUCUGCUGGGGAACGUCAACAAGCGCACCAUGCACAAGUACGAACAGGAGUCGAAAAAGGCCGGAAAAGCCUCCUUUGCCUACGCCUGGGUUCUGGACGAAACCGGCGAGGAGAGGGACAGAGGGGUGACGAUGGAUGUGGGCAUGACAAAGUUUGAGACCAACUCUAAGGUGGUGACUCUCAUGGACGCCCCAGGACACAAAGACUUCAUUCCCAACAUGAUCACAGGCGCUGCACAGGCUGACGUCGCGGUGCUUGUGGUGGACGCCAGCAGAGGAGAGUUUGAGGCAGGCUUCGAAGCAGGCGGUCAGACCAGAGAGCACGCCCUGCUAGUGCGCUCGCUGGGUGUCACUCAGCUCGCUGUAGCCGUCAACAAGAUGGACCAGGUGAGCUGGCAGCAGGAGCGCUUCCAAGAAAUCAGCUCGAAGCUCGGCCAUUUUCUGAAGCAGGCAGGAUUCAAGGAGUCUGAUGUUUUCUUCGUCCCAACCAGUGGCCUGUCAGGAGAAAACCUCACUGCUAGAAGUACAGUAUCAGAGCUGACCUGUUGGUACAAAGGUCCCAGCCUACUGGAGCAGAUUGAUGCCUUCAAAGCCCCUCAGCGAUCAAUAGACAAGCCGUUCAGACUGUGCGUCUCAGAUGUGUUCAAAGACCAGGGCUCAGGCUUCUGUGUAACAGGAAAGAUCGAGGCUGGUUAUAUUCAGACGGGAGACAAAGUGCUGGCAGUGCCUCCCAAUGAAAGCUGUACAGUUAAAGGAAUCACGCUCCACGAUGAGGCUCUGGACUGGGCUGUGGCAGGAGACCACGUCAGCCUCACAGUCACCGGGAUAGACAUCAUCAAGAUUAAUGUCGGCUGCGUGUUGUGCGAUCUCAAAGAGCCAAUCCGAGUCUGCACUCGAUUCAGAGCCAGGAUCCUGCUCUUUAAUAUCGAGGUUCCCAUCACGCAAGGCUUUCCGGUGCUGCUGCAUUACCAGACAGUCAGCGAGCCGGCCACCAUUAAGAAACUGAUCAGCGUUCUACACAAGAGCAGUGGAGAAAUCCUUAAAAAGAAACCAAAGUGUUUGAGUAAGGGUAUGAAUGCGAUUGUGGAGAUUCAGACCCAGAGGCCGGUGUCAUUAGAGCUAUACAAGGACUACAAAGAACUGGGCCGCUUCAUGCUGAGAUACGUAGGCUCCACCAUCGCCGCAGGUGUUGUCACAGAGAUCAAAGACUGAAGGUCCUUUCCACGAACAAAGAGCCAUUCAGAUCGUGCUCAGCAGCUAUUUUUUUUUUUUUUUGCAGCCAGAGACACUGUGCAGUUCUUCCCAGAGAUGCCGCUCACUGAGUCAGAGCUCCAUUUUUAUCUAUCAGCUCUCCCAUGGCUGCAGUGGCUGCCUGACCAUCACCAUCAACACUAACGUCACCCAGGAAGCACGUCUCUAAUAAAGUUAAUACAGUAAUCAGACUUUAAAAUAAAGCAACCGUACUGGAAGGAUUCAAAUUGAAGGAGCUGCAGCUGAUCGUUAAUCCCGACCGAUGUGGCACUCUGCUUUAUUCAGCUUCAUGAACAAGUCCAAAAUUCUCUCUCUCUCUAUUUAGAAACAACUUGGUUUACAGAAGGGUUUUUCUUUUCGUGGAUGUUUUUCUUAUCAAAAAUUAAUCUAAAGCUUGAAAAACAUGUCUGUUUGAAAUCAAAGGAAAGCUAAAAACUAAGAAAUCAGCUGUUUUUGCGUCCUAAGUUAGCUCAGGGGUGAGGACGGUGAACAAAAUUUGAAUAAUUUUUUUUUUUUUUUUAGUUUGUUAAACAAGAGGGAAUAUCUACUUUAAAGGUGGCACAAGCGAUUUCAAACGCUUCUUCUAAUGAAAACUCAAGUGAGGCAGCGUAUUCAGAAGGGCUUCUGUUCGUUUUUACCUCAUUAAGAGGUGGAAGUAUUUUAUUUGGAAAAAGAUACAAAAAAUUAAACCUGCACCUGCUGCUUGUGGUUUAUGCUUUGACAUAAAAAAAACUGAAUCUAGUGGACAACAGCAACAGAAUAAUGGCAUCAAAGUUCCUAAUUAUCACAAAAAAGGUGAAUUUCAAGCUGAUUUCAAUGCAUCUGUUCAGAACUGGCAAACCUUAUGUAAAAGUAUGGAGGUUAUAACAUCAAAGCUAUAUACCGCUUGCCUUGUUUUGCCAAACUGGAAACCAGCAUACAAAGCCUCUUGUCAGAGCUGUCACUGACGGCACCCAGAAGGGGUUCCAGGAUAAAUAAAAAUUACAACAUGCCUAAAAUU